AUGCAAAACAAAAUAGCCAAGUUAGUGGUGAACGAUUCUCCCAAGCCACUACAGAGAGUUGGGGAGGAGAAGUUCAUUUCCCUGUUACGAUCAUGCGAAACGUGCACGCGGCUGCACCAGAUCCAAGCUCAUAUAGUCACCCAUGGACUCCAGGGAAAUGAUUACGUCACCCCUAGUUUCAUCACGGCGUGCGCGCGCCUCGGUAGAAUGGGUCACGCCAGAAGAGUGUUCGACACAACUGCGCAACCAAAUGGCUCCACCUGGAACGCCAUGUUCCGAGGGUUCGCCCAUGCGGGGUGUCCCUUCGACGUCGUCGUUUUCUUCGCGCAAAUGCACCGUGCCGGCGCUUCGCCGAACUGCUACACGUACCCCUUGGUGGUGAAGUCUUGUGCUCAGGUGAACGCAGUGAAAGAAGGAGAACAGGUUCACUGCGUGGUCGUCAAACGCGGUUUUAAGGCGAAUGCGUUUGUGGGAACCGCGUUGAUUCACAUGUACUCCGCGAGAGGGGAAGUGUCCGUUGGGGAUGCUUACAAGGUGUUCGGGGAAAUGCACGAGAAGAAUGUCUUCGUUUGGACUGCGAUCAUCACUGCAUAUGUGGCGUGCAGUGAUAUGGUUUCCGCGCGGCGUCUUUUUGACCUCUCGCCGCAGCGGGACGUGGUGCUGUGGAACGUCGUCGUUUCGGGGUACAUCGAAUUGGGGGACAUGGUGGCUGCGAGAGCGCUGUUUGAUAAAAUGCUGGACCGCGAUGUGAUGUCGUGGAACACCAUGUUGAACGGUUACGCCUGUAACGGUGAGGUGGAAUCAUUCGAGAAGCUGUUUGAUGAAAUGCCUGUGAGGAAUGUUUAUUCUUGGAACGGGUUAAUUGGAGGGUACGUUCGGAAUGGGCUCUUUAACGAAGCUUUGGAGUCUUUUAAACGGAUGUUGAUGUUGGUAAAACAAGAAGGUGAGGAGGGUGAUGUUGUGGUUGUUCCUAAUGAUUACACAGUUGUGGCAGUGCUGUCCGCGUGUUCCAAAUUAGGGGACCUUGAGAUGGGUAAGUGGGUGCAUGUGUAUGCAGAUAGUAUUGGGUACAAGGGUAACUUGUUUGUUGGAAAUGCUUUGAUUGACAUGUAUGCAAAAUGUGGGGUUAUAGAGAAAGCACUUGACGUGUUUGAUUGCUUGGAUGUGAAGGAUAUAAUAACUUGGAACACCACAAUUAAUGGCCUCGCCACGCACGGUCAUGCAGCCGAUGCUUUAUGUUUGUUUGAGCGGAUGAAGAACGCGGGAGAGAAGCCGGAUGGUGUUACUUUUAUUGGGAUUUUGUCUGCUUGUGCGCAUAUGGGGUUAGUGAGAGAUGGGUUUCUGCAUUACCAAUCGAUGGUUGAUGACUACUCAAUUGUGCCUCAGAUUGAACAUUAUGGAUGCAUGGUGGAUUUGUUGGGAAGAGCUGGUCUUAUAGAUCAGGCUGUGGAUUUCGUGAGGAAGAUGCCAAUGAAACCUGAUGCGGUUAUAUGGGCGGCACUGCUCGGGGCGUGUAGGAUGUACAAGAAUGUGGAAAUAGCAGAACUGGCGCUUCAGCAGCUCAUUGAACUUGAACCCAAUAACCCUGCAAACUUUGUCAUGCUUUCGAACAUAUACAAGGAUCUUGGAAGAUGGGAGGAUGUUGCCCGGUUGAAGAUUGCAAUGAGAGAUACCGGGUUCAAGAAAAUACCGGGAUGUAGUGUUAUUGGGUGCAAUGAUAAUUUGGUGGAAUUCUAUUCUUUGGAUGAGAGACAUCCUGAGACAGACUGUAUAUAUAGGGCAUUGCAGGGAUUGACGAUUCAAUUAAGAUUGCAUGGAUACGUUCCAAAUCUUGUGGAUGUUGCUCAUGGAAACUGA